AUGAGUAGUAUAGAAGAUGGUUACCUAUGGAAUGAAACGUACGAUGGAGCAACCGUAGGAUUCAUCAUUCUCUCGGCAAGUAUGGUCUAUUUUAUGGUCAUCGGUCUCGCUUUACUAUAUUCUGGUCUAGCAAGACGUAAAAGUGCGUUAUCUUUGAUAUGGGUAGUGCUAAUGUCAACUCUAGUAGGAAUGCUACAAUGGUAUUUUUGGGGUUAUUCAUUGGCUCUGUCAAAGACCGCAACAAAUAAUAAAUUCAUUGGAGAUUUAAAUUCUUUCGGUUUCAGAAACGUCUACGGUAAAUCAAAUGACUCUUCAACAUACCCUGAAAUUGCAUACGCUUUCUUUCAAAUGAUGUUCAUGUGCGUUACUUUAAGUAUUGUAUCGGGCGCAACCGCUGAAAGAGGCACUCUAUUCCCUCAUAUGAUCUUUAUAUUCCUUUUCGCUACGUUAGUAUACUGUCCAAUCUGUUAUUGGAUUUGGUCUCCAGGAGGUUGGGCUUAUCAAUGGGGUGUUCUAGAUUGGGCGGGCGGUUUCUUAGAAAUUGUCAGCGCAAUGGGCGGUUUUGUUUAUUCAUAUUUUCUUGGUAGAAGAAGAGAAAAUUUAUUAAUCAAUUUUAGACCACAUAAUGUAUCAAUGGUCACUCUGGGAACUGGUAUACUUUAUUUCGGUUGGUUAAUGUUCAAUGCAGGUUCCGCCCUGACUCCAGAUCUAAGAGCUGCCUACGCUUUCGCCAAUACUAAUCUAAGUGCUGUUUCAAGUGGGAUGACCUGGUGUCUCUUAGAUUAUAGAUCGGAGAAAAAAUGGUCUACCGUGGGUCUUUGUUCCGGUAUAAUCUGUGGGUUAGUAGCUGCAACUCCAUCAAGUGGUUGUAUCACCCUAUAUGCAUCCCUCGUACAAGGCAUCGUCACCGGGUUUGUUUGUAAUUAUGCAACGAAGAUCAAAUAUUAUUUCAAAGUAGAUGAUGCAAUGGAUAUAUUGGCAGAACAUGGAAUCGCCGGUGUCAUCGGCUUACUUUUCAAUGCUAUCUUAUCCGCAGAUUGGGUCAUUGGAAUGGAUGGCUCAACAAGACAUAAAGGUGGAUGGCUUACUCAUAAUUAUAAGCAAAUGUAUAAACAAAUUGCUUACAUCGCCGCAGUCAUAGGUUAUUCCGUAGUUGUAUCUGCAAUUAUUUGUUUCAUCUUAGACAAUAUCCCAUGGUUAAAACUAAGAGUUAGUGAAGAUGCUGAAGCAAGAGGUUUAGAUGAAAAUCAAAUUGGUGAAUUCGCUUACGAUUACGUCGAAGUUAGAAGAGAUUAUUACGAGUGGGGGGUUGACACCGAUUAUAGACACUCAAAUUACGACGAUGUCAAUGCACAAACGGAACAAAAUUCAAAUCAUCAACUACAAAAUCUAGCUUCUUCUUCUUUAUCUCCCAUUAACGAUGACUCCACCAUAAGUAAUCAUACAUUAGACUCUUCUUCAACGUCAAGUACAACACAUAGAUUGAACGAAGAGAAAUGA